AUGUAAUUUUAUCACCCAGAUCAAGGAUAUAUUACUAUUAAUGGUGUCGAUAUCACUUAAUAUGAUAUUCGAACCGGUGUUUUUAAAGGAACCAUUACUGAAAAUAUUUAACUCAAUUUACCAUCUGAAUAAAUAGAAAAUGCAUCCAAGUUAGCCAAAGCAUAUGAUUUUAUAAUUUCUAAUCAAUUUGAAAAGACAUAAAUAACUUAAAAAGGAACGGAUAAGCAAAGAGGAUAAGGAUUUUAAAGAUAGGUUGGUCCCAAAGGUACUUAAAUCUCAGGAGGUCAAAAAUAAAGAAUAAUCUUAGCCAGGGCAAUACUAAGAAAUCAUAACAUCUUAUUAUUAGAUGAAGCAAAGAGUACUUUAGAUACUACCAGCGAACAUUUAGUUUAAGAUAGCAUAAAUAAAUUAAUGCAAAGUAAAACUACCAUUGCUAUAGCCCAUCGCAUAUCUACAAUCUAGGUAUUUUGUUUUGAAUCUAAAUAUAGGAUUCAGAUGUUAUUUAUGUUUUGA